AUGAAUUUGGAAAUGACUUUUGAUGACUUCAAGAGCAAGACUAUGAAGGAUCAACCUGAUCAGAAGCCAAAUAGAAAGAAAGCUAAAGGUCCUCAUUUUCUUUCUUCUCGGUGGUGGUGCCCUACUGCUGUGACCCUGGGGAUCCUUUGCUUGGGAUUACUGGUAACUCUUAUAAUGCUAACAAUGCAAUUAUCACAGGUUUCUGAUCUUCUAAAGCAACAGCAAGCAAACCUUACUAACCAGGAAAUUAUACUGGAGGGACAGAUCUUAGCACAGAAGCAGGCAGAAAGAGCUUCCCAGGAGUCAGAAAGGGAACUCAAAGAAACGAUAGAAACCCUUAACCAGAAGAUGGAUGAAAAUUCCAAAAAACAGAUGGAACUUCAUCAUCAGAAUCUGAAUCUCCAAGAAGCUCUGAGGAAAGCAGCAAACUUUUCAGGUCCUUGUCCCCAAGACUGGCUCUGGCAUGAAGAAAACUGUUACCUAUUUUCCUCUGGCCCAUUUAAUUGGGAAAAAAGCCAGGAGAACUGUUUGUCUUUGGAUGCCCAGAUGCUGAAAAUUAAUAGCACAGAUGAUCUGGAAUUCGUCCGGCAAACAAGUGCCCAUUCCAAUUUCCCAUUCUGGACGGGGUUGUCUCUGAGGAAACCCAGCAGCGCAUGGCUCUGGGAGGACGGCUCUCCUUUGAGGCCCCACUUAUUUAGACUCCAGGGUCCUGUUUCCCAGAACUAUCCUUCAGGUAGUUGUGCAUAUAUACAAAGGGGAGCUGUUUUUGCUGAAAACUGCAUUUUAACUGCAUUCAGUAUAUGUCAGAAGAAGGCGAAUCUGCUGAGAGCACAGUGA